GCUGAUGUCAAAAUUGCGUGUUUUUUUGCUUGGUUGAUGUAAUAGCGAAGUGGUAAUAAAGUGCACAGUGUGUACAGCGGCAUGUCCGUACAUAAUGCAAUAUUAUUUCCAAGCAUAUUUGUAUAUAAUUACCGCAAACGCGCUCGGACAUAAUGAUUGUGUUUACUGUAAAAAGUUGUCGCAAACAUCGAUCUGAAAUUUGCCUGUGACGUGAUUCCGUGAAAUGGUUUCAUGUGUUUAUGCGCCAGUUCUUUUAACAAUAUAAAUAUAUAUUAAUUAACGUAGGACAAUAAUGGCAGGAUCCACUCUGCCCGAAAGAGUGGCCCAAAUAUAUUACACGUAUGGUUUAUUCUGUUCGUCUUAUCCUGUUGCGGCGAUUACCGUUGCGAUCUCUGUUGUCUUAGUAUGUUGCUAUCCAUUAUUAAAUGUGCCACUUCCGGGAAACAUACCCACUGUUAUAAACUUACCAUUAAAUGAUCAAAUUAAGCAAUCAGAAGUCAAAUGCACUGGAAGUACAUGUGAAACAUCGCAACUAGAUCGUAUCUUCAAUGAAACACAAAAUAUUCCAUAUGUUUGGGCUAAGGACAAACCUCUUCUCUAUGUACAGCAAAUUAUAUUAAAAAUAGGUGUAUCUCCAUGGAACAGCAAUCUUAAAAUGUGGGACGCCUUCAGAGCACCGCUACAAGAGGUAUUCCGAUUGCUGGAAACAAUAAGGAAUCACGAGGAUGCUGAAACUAAAAGCACACUAUUGCAACAUUGCUACCAGAUAGGGGGGAUCAAACGGAAGGACAGCAAGGCGAGCGUGGAGCGAGUGCUCCCCGAGUACAGCUGCCUGCUGCUAUCCCCUGCCAACCUGUGGCAGCAGAAUCUGCAGACCUUCUCUAUGGACGCGAAUAUUAUCACCACUAUUUAUAACUAUCAGAAGGGUAAGGUGUCGAUAGCGGAGAUGGCGUUUGGAAUGCAGCUGCGGGACACGGGCAUCAAGCGGUACCCACUAUGGGCGCGCCCGCGAGUGCUGCAGUAUGCCGUCACUAUAUUCUAUGAAAACCCUGAGGAAAGAUUCAUACAAUCACUAAGGAAGAAAUUAAAGGAGAUGUAUCCCCUGUACCAGGAGAGUGCGAACCCGCAAGCCGACGAGGUCACGCUGAUCUACUAUCCGGGCCAGUUCAACUACCGCGAGCUAGUGCCGCUCACCAUCACAUUCAUUGGCGUCUUCCUCUACGUGUAUUUCUCAGUGAGGAAGAUUGAAUUCAUAAAGUCCAAGCUGGGCUUGACGGCGUGCGCGGUGUUAACUAUAGCCGGAAGUCUCACCAUGUCCAUGGGUAUAUGUUUCUACUUCGGCUUCUCUCUCAGCCAUCAGGGAAAGGAAAUCUUCCCGUACUUGGUGAUAAUCGUCGCGCUAGAAAACGUUCUCGUUUUAACUAAGAGCGUUACGUCUACUGAUUCACGCUUGGACGUCAAAAUCCGUCUCGCGCAGGGCCUCAGUAAGGAAGGCUGGUCGAUUACAAAGAAUUUACUUACUGAAAUCACAAUAUUCACUGUCAGUUUUUUCACAUUCGUGCCUUUCAUUCAAGAGUUUUCUAUAUUCAUGAUCGUGAGCCUCAUCUCGGAUUACUUUAUACAAAUGGUGUUCUUCGCUACCGCGCUGGGUAUCGACGUGCAACACAUGGAAUAUUUCCAAGAUCAGAACAACAAGUUUCACUUGAAAGAUUAUUUUAAUGCGAACAACGCGCUAAACUGGAGGUUUAGUAAGAGUUACAUGGAGGAGAACAGUUUCUCGCCCCAACGUAUGACCAAGUCUAAAUCGCAUCCGCGAUUGAACGGGCUGGCCCACAACAGCCCCACGGACGUGGUCGCCAAGCGGAACCCGAGCCCGGGCCAUCAGGACCAAAGAGUGCCAAAGCGUAUCCGCUUGGUGAACAUGUGGGCGAGGACUAGAUUCUUCCAACGCGCCUUCAUGCUCUGGAUGCUUGUUUGGAUUUCCAUGAUAGUGUACAACUCGGGCGUGGUGGACUACUUCAUCGGACCAGAUAGGAAGGACAGUGCGGAGCCGAAUAAAAACACGCAUGACAAUUCGAAACAGUCGAAACAGAGUGUGUACGAUAUAUUCUACAAUGCUAGCGAGAGGAGUUCCGUGGUGUUCCCGCCACUGCUCGACUUGACAGACAAUGAGAAGACCGUCGAUACCAACGACACUAUCAUGUUGAAACACUCGGCUCACUCGCGCCCUUGGUCUCGUCUGUCCCCGUACCACUGGCUGGCGAUACUGUCGUACUACAACGAGUCGAUAGCGGGCCGGUUCGCGGUGGUGCUGCCGCCGACGCUCCUCAGCCACCGCAUCAGCCCCGAGCUGGCGGCCGGCGUGCGGAACCCCGACGAACGCGACCCGCCGCAGCUACGGUGGCAAGCGCUCGCGGCCGCCUUGGACCCAAUAGAUAUUAUAUCAGAUGUGGAGGUGAUGGAAGGCAAGACGCCGCCGCAGUGGGGCAAAGGCUCCGAACUGCCGAUAUACCCCACUACGCCGAUGGAGAUCUUACUUCUGGCCAUACUGUGCACCAUCAGCGUCGUGGUCAUCGCGUACAUGAUGGUCGUACUUUACAGAUGCGUGUGCUCGCGUCACUACGCGGAGUGGCGAGCGUCGUGGAACGAGGACGAAGAGUAUCGCAAGAUCAUAGCCAAGCAACCCGCUGUACAAUUGGUGAUGGAAGCGGUGCCCCUGGUGGUGGCGGGCCACAGCCAGGAGGUGGAGUGCCUCGUGACUGACGGCGAGAAGGUGGUCAGCUCGUGUCUUCAGGGCAACAUUAAGGUGUGGGACUCGCAGAACGGCGACAUCAUCACGAACAUCGACCGCGGCGCAUUUUUCAAAUUACAAAAUGACCUUUACGAAAAAGUGCAUAAUAAGAAGUCUGUGUGUUCACUGGAAGCGCCCGAACCAGCAGAAGUUCCCCUGUCACCACAAAGGCCCAGUGAACCUAUGCCGCGCUUGCGCAAGCGGCUGACGACGUACCUUAGUGGAAUGAAAUUUCGCUCGACGACAGAUUGUCCGCCGCAUCUCUCGCCCGCUGAGACUACUAAGUACGACUUCGCUAAAAAUUACAGACUUUUAUACUGGAAUGACCAGUAUGAUACAUCAUACAAUACAAAAGAGACUAAUGAUACAACAGACUUUAAAAAUGUGAACUCUAGUGCUAAGGAGAGUGAGUUAAAUAAAGAUAUAUUCGUUUUUUCAAACUCAAAGGCGGAAGGAAGUGUACGUAAAAAUAAAAAUAAGAUGUGUAAUGGUGAACCAUAUAGGACUGAUGAUUGUGAUAUAAGUGCUGUUGAUAACGUGGACUGGAGGGGGAAGGCUAUCAGGGAGUCUCCCGUGUGGUGUAUGGACUUUUGCAUCGAUCUAAUAAUAUUAGGCUGUGCAGACGGGCGGCUCGAGUUCUGGGAGGCUAGUUCUGGUAAACUUAUGUGCGUGUGGUGGAGCGUGGAGGCGCGCGGCGGCGGCGGCGCCGCGGGGCGCGAGGCGGCGGGCGUGACGCACGUGCGCGCGCUGGCGGGCGGGCGGCGCGUGUGCGUCGCCUCGCUCGGCGGACACCUCACGCUGCUGCGGCUCGACGCGUACAACGCCGCGUCUGGCGCGCACGUCGACUGGCGUUUCAGCACAGCGCACAGGCGGACACACAAGCGUACAGGGUCCGCGGGCUCGCUGCGUUUCGCGCAAGGCUAUGAAGAAAACGCGAGCCGACCCAGGAUGAGCUUCUCGUACGAAACGGAGCACGCGGAUACAGAAGAAGUGGUGUGCGUGCACUUGGCACGGUGUCGGCCGCACCAGCAACCAAUCACGGAGAUGCACUCCGAAGGGGGCCGCAUCCUUACCGGCGGACAAGACCACGUGUUAAAGGUAUUCUCAAGUGCAGAACUGAGUCCGUUGUUCACGCUGCACGGUCACUGUGGGCCAAUCACGAGCUGUUUCAUCGACCACGCCACGCCCACUAUAGCCGGCAGCGGUUCGCAGGACGGACUGCUUUGUGUGUGGGACUUGCACACGGGCGCGUGUCUAUACAGCAUGCAGGCGCACGACGGCGCGGUGACGUCACUGGCGUACACGGCCUCGUACGUGGUGUCGGCGGGCUCUGACGAGCGGCUCUGCAUCUGGGACCGGUUCCAGGGGCACAUGCUCAAAUCGAUACACAUAGGUUUGAACUACAUGAGCCGCAUGUUGCCGUUGACUCACACGAUGUUGGUGAUGGGCGACCGCAGCGGCCUGACUGCGUACGACCUGAGCAGCGGUGACGUCAUACGGCGCGUCUUAUUGGGUCAAAGCGAUGGAUGCAUAUUCGUACGACAAAUACUACCUCUCAAGGACGCUAUAGUGUGCGACUACGCGAAUCAGCUACGAAUAGUACGUUUCCCUCUUAUAUCGCGACUCGCGGACGUCAAGAGCGACUAGUGCUGCAGCCAUCACUAGCAACUAUUAGCCGAACGCACUAAACUCAUUCGUCACAACACGAUCGCACGAAGCCCGAUCUACUUCUACCAGUAGAUACAUUAUGUUCGAGCACCUUACGGAUAUUUGCACUAUCAGAGUGCUUCAUGGAUGUUGUCUUUCUAUACAUGGUGCGUCACAGAUGAAGUCAUGUUACUGAUACUAUGAUACGCUUAUAUUCACUUCUGUACCUGUUGAUGUCGAAAGUUGCGUCUAUUCUACAUAAUCUAUCAUACUGGUAAAAGUGAAUUGCGAUUAAUUACCGUAAACGAUAGACUUCGCAGUGUCUUACUAAUGUUAAUAGCCUUCGUAAUGCGUCAUUUAAGUGAACGGCAUGCGACAAGUGCAGCUGUCGACCGCGUCUAGUCGCCGUCAAUGUCAAUAGAUGUACUAGCCGCCUGCUGUUUGGGAAUCUGCUUUACUUAUCGUUAAUAAAAAUAAUUAUUGUGUUAAGGAGGCGAAUAUGAAUGAAUUUAAGCGCUGUUAUAACACUGUGAGGCUAAUACAUAAUAUUCAUGUUUAUAUUUUAACGAGAUAUGAUCUCGGCAGCGUCUUGGGACUAGUGAAUUGUACAAUCGUACUUAAAGUAAAACCAAUCAAUCAAUACAUAUUUAUUAAGAUAUAUUUAAUGUUAUAUAUACGUAUAUAUUUAUUAUACUAACAUUGUGGAAGGCCUGAUGUAACAUCACCAAUUUAUUUACUCAUACUUUAUAAGAAUAAGUUUAGGUUACUUUUGCACCCAUCUUUAAUGACUAAUCCCAAAACGGCAACGCUAUGCGCACACGCAUAUAAUACGCGUAUAAAGUAACGUAACGUGUGUCUACCCGCCUUAAGCGAGUUAUUCACGCUCUACCUUGAAGUACAGCCAAUCAAGGCCUCACACGUUGCCCGAUGCAAAACGACUAUAAAUACUCUUGACGUACGUCAAUAAUUAUUAUUAAUUGCUUGCCGGAUUUGUUCGGCCUAUUUUAUAUUCAACUAGUGCCGCCAUCAUCAGUGUUGCCGAGUGAUAAGUAUGCUAUAUAGCUAAAUGCAUCGUAAAAAGUUGCCACAUUACCAGUUUUUUCUGCAAAAAGUUCCUAAUCAAGGAAUGUACUAAAAUAAGUUAAUAAAUUGUCUUGUUAGCCCAAUAGUAGGGUUCAUUUGUCUUUAGGCUUGUGUGAAACUUCUAAAUAAACUAACACAAUUGUUUUAACGUGCCGUUAGAUAACAAAUCAUAUACAGGGACAUCAAAUCAAUAUUGCAUCGUGUGUACGUGUGCUUGUUCGUAUAAAUAAUUGCCGUCCAAUUAAUGCUGCCAGAUUUACCGAUUAAUCUAUAUUUUAACAUGUUAUGAUGAUAUAUAGUGAAAAAAAUAUUUAUGUGGGAAUAGUUAAUCUAAAAGGUUUUAGUCAGUUUGAGUCGCCGGCUGUUCAUACCAAUAUAUUGAAUGACAGAGAAAUGUCAAGUGAAAUCGGGAUGUAUGAAGUAAAUAAGAUGAAUUAUACAAUGUUUAGUGAUAAAGAAUAAAAUUAUUCAAAAGAAAUUCGCUAUUUUUCAAUUUUAACAUCCCUCAUAUAUACAUCUUAGUCGUCGGUAAUCUGUAUAAAAUAUUCACGUGUUGUAAAAAUUAUAUAAAAGUGAAAUUACAUAAGUAUAUAUCGGAUAUAAUUGUACAACUAACUACAUUAUCCACAGUUUGUAUAUUAUCAUGUAUUAAAAUGAAUACAAAUACAGAUGCAGAACUGUGCAGGAUGUUGCGUGCACGAUGGUAUGUAUGUUAUGUCCAGCUUUACAUCAAGGUGGAGCGUGAAUAGUAUCUAUAACAUAAUUAUUAUAACGCCUUACAACCAGAACUCCGUAUGAAGAUUUUCUAAGUUUAACCAACUUUGAAUAUUCACUUGCAUUCGCCCCCGUGUAAGAUCCCUCGUAUUUUUUAUUUGCAAUUCCUCAUGCAUGUCGGUCUCCCUACAUUAACUAUUCUCGUUAACGUCUAUAACGUUGACCUAAAGACCGCUACUCCCUCCCAAAACCUAACUAUUUGUGUAAAUAAUUGUGGUUAUUUUAUUAAGAACAAAUAUCACGGAGUUAAACCUUAAUGAGAAUAUAAGACGGAGUCUGCACGGCUGUAUAUCCCAAACUUAGCUUCUUUUUUUUUACAAAAUAAGUUACUUUAAUGUUUUUUUUUUCACAUCUCUAUAGUUCAAUGUGAAUAUAAGAAUGCUGACUGAAUUGUAACGCAACAUUAGUAUGUAGUUCAAUAAUGCUAAAUGAGUAUCGUUUUACUAACUUGUAGGUAAUGCGCUAACUUGUAAGCUUAUAUUUGAUGAAGUUGACAUAAUUAAUGUGCAAUUCGUAAAGUACUUCUGCGUAUACGCUUAUUACUAACGUUCUAAUCACUCGGCUGUUAUACAGUAUAUUGUCUGCUGUACUAUUGUGUAUUAAAAUGUUUUAUUUCACAAACGAGUGAAGUGGAUUCCCAUAAUGUAGCUAAAUGUCUCACAUACUGUUUUAUGUUGAUACAAGUUUCACGUAGCUAGUAACUACACAGUACACGCAUUAAUGUUUGUAAAUAUUGAGAUUUAUAAAUGUGGUUUAUUUACAUAACGUUAUAUAUUAUAUAUUUUACAAAGUAUGUAACUAUGUAUUGUAAUUGGAUAUAUUAGAUCACAUUUUAAGCAUAAUGGAGUUUAAACCUCGUUGAGCCUAUAUUUGUGUUAUUUAUAAGGAUUUGACACUGACAUAUCGACUAUCUGCUUUGCUAAUACUACGUAAGGAAAAAUCCCAACACGCAUAUAUUUUAUUUUGUGAACUAUACCUCCCUAUGUGUUUUAUAUUCGAUCAACAUUAUUAUGACAAUAAUUUUAAGCAUAGCUAGUAAUACAUCGAUGUUUGCAUGAAUCACAUUUUAGUAUUAUUUCCAAGAUCACUAUAGUAUUGGACUAGGUUAGUAUUAAUUCAUGUUAAUAUACUAUAUUGUUAUAUGUAUGUGGUGCGUCUAAGUUAACAUUGUGAUUAUUGUUGCUUUGUAAUAAGAAAUAUAUUAUCAUUUUCAGCAACAUAAUAUUUUGUCAAGAGAUGAUAUCUAUGUUAUGUAACUACUAAAUAGCUUAUAUUUGAUGAAGUUGACAUUUUAAAAUACUGUCCAACAUUGGGUAGUUAAAUUAAAUGCUAAUUAUAUUCUACAUUGUGUCUGGGACAUUUUAAUUAUAAAUUAAGUGUAUCUAUAAUGUGAAAUGCAGACUUACAUAAUAUUAUAUAAAUAUUUUAAUUUUUGUACUGGAAAAUAUCUGUACAUUACAAUGUGACCUAAAUAAUAAAUAAUGGAAUUGGACAUCAGAAUGUGUGCCAACAACAUUAUUGUCCGCAGUGUACAUAUUUUGGCAAAAAUCUGUGUGUGCUCUUCCAAAAGUUGGACCUCCUGUUACUGAUCUAAUCAAGUCAAUUGAAGACACCUUCCAUCGUAGUUUAUCUAUAAAUUUAUUUUUAAUGCACUAGCAGUGAUUAAUAUUCAGGGAUAGAUAACCGCGCGGUUAAGCUUUAUUUAGUUUAUGCUUUAAGCCCGCGCACAGGUACCGUCAAUGUCGAGCAUUUAUCUGCCUGAGUGGCUAAUCUCUAGUAUCUGUGAGCAUCAAAUUUUCGAACAACUCAUGUCUAGCGCUGCCAGUAACGCGGUUAUAACAUGAGUGUAUUUUCAAACUACAAAUAUUCGCAACUAGUGUAAAAUAUCAGAUCAAAUUAAGAUUAUUUUAUAAUUAAUAUUUAAGUAUAUACAUUAAAUUUUAUGAACGCCCGAGAAGCUGACCAAAAUUUUUAUAUUCUAUUUUUAAUUUUAUUUAAGGAUUCUUAUAAAGUAAUUAUUAUUUGACCAUGUUUUAGUGUAAAUUAAGACGUUUCCAAUCCGGCGUAGUGCAUAGGAAAGUGAAAUCCGUUUAUUGAAUGAGAUCGCAGGGAAUAUCGCGGAAACUCUGAACUAAACCGGACCCAUCGAAUGUCAACAUUUUUGCGUCAGUAUUGUUGUUAUCCAACAUACCACAUGACUUAAGUCUUCAGAAGUUCUUCACUUACCAUACCAAAACGCUUUAGCCAUUCAAAUAACAACAUAUCUCAUGUACACCCAUAAUAGAUCAAUUUCUAUGAAAUCGAAAACCGAUAAACUAAUUUUCUGGUACAUAAACCAGUGCCUAGUCACAUAAAUCCACGAGUUUACGCGACAAUUAUACUUUACUAACAUACAUAUUUCAGGUGCUGAUUUUUUAAUUUUGGACUAACGAAACUAAGUGCUUUUACGGCCUAUAAUAAUUUAUGAUCUUGAUUGGAUGUUUGCGGAUCGAACGCGAUAUUAAGUAAAUCAAAACGAAGUUUAAAAGAAACGCUCGCAUGUUGUUAACUUUGACACGUAGCAGAGUUCGCAUAUGGUUUCGUCCAAUUCUCUUUCGAGAUCUAUCUGGUGGUACCAAUCGAGAUUAUUAUCGGUCGGUAAAGUUCUUGCCUAAUAAAUAUUAACGGGCACAAAGGUACUUCCAAUCGUUGUAACAAACUAAUUUGUUAGUUUAGUACUAUUGUUAUUAUUUGGCCAUUGGCUGAAUGAAUGCAAAUGAUAUAAAUAUUCUAAAUUAUGAAUUUUAAGAGAAACUGUGCAUUUGUACAGAGCUGUCGUGUUUUAAAUGAUGGCUUGAAUAAUAGUAAAUAACGGUUGUUUGGGACGAAUAUGUCUUCGAUGUUUUAUUUAUUUGACGUCCAUUCCUGGUCUUUCUGAUAUGUAAAUGUAAAUAUUUAAAUAAAUGUUUGUUUCCAACAU